GCAGUCGGCGUCUUUGCUUGAUAAAAACAACAUAAAAAGUAAACGAUAUAUAUAAGAACAAGUGCGGCAAUCAUUUUACAGCAGUUAGUAGAAAGUGCGCAAUCACGUCGUUACCAGCGGUAGUUAGUCGUCUCGUCAAGCGAACAUUCGCCGGCGUUGCUAAUAAAUUAGAACACAGCAAAACAAUGGUAAUCACACACAACGUCAAAGGCUACGAGGAGUUCGCCAAAAAAAUGGAAGAACUCGAAACUGGUGAUGGCAACAAUCAGGUGCAUGUUCUCUUUAGCGGCGGCAAGGAUGAAAAUGGCCAAAGUUGGUGCCCCUAUUGUGUCAAGGCGGAGCCGGUGAUUCACGAUGCACUGAAAAAGGCCGCUGAGAAUUCCCACUUUGUCCACGUCGAUGUUGGAGAGCGCUCCUAUUGGAAAGAUUUGAACUGUCCGUUCCGCAAAGACCCCAACACUCAUUUGGUUUUCUUGCCAACUCUGUUGCGUUGGAAGUCGCCACAGCGUCUGGAUGGUGAACGCUGCUCCAGCAAGGAUCUGGUCGAGAUGAUGUUCGAGGAUGAGGAUUAGUGGAGUCGGAGUCGUGUGCCAAUCCCACAAUAUUAUAACAUAGUUUACAUUUUAUUUUGGAAUGUGUUGGUUUAACAUAUUAAAAAGCGAGCAGUUUUAAAUUGUCCCUCAGUA